AUGGCGACGACCAAAAACAGUGUGGUUAUUGAACAACGCCCUUCGAAUGAUGAGAGCUCACGAGCUACAAGAAGUCGAGUAUGGGACAACCCAAUUUUAUCGAAACUCUGCAAGAGCAGAGAGCGCUUGGUGGUCCUUAAAAUUGAUUUUUUGUUGUUGACAUGGGCAUUUGUUUCUGGCUUGACCAAGGACAUGGACCAGUCUGCAACUACCCAAGCAUACGUUUCAGGAAUGAAGGAAUCCCUCAGCCUUUAUGGCAACGAACUUGUGGAAUUCACGACAUUCUUUUCUAUCGGAUACGCUAUAGCAAUCGUGCCGUCGCAACUGACGCAAACCAAGAUCAGGCCAUCUCACAUUUGCCGCAAAGAAUGCAAGGACUGUAUAUGCACUGAGAUUCUUUUUGGGGGGUUUCGAGUCCAUACUCCGGAAGAACUGGGAACACGUCUGGCAAUCUUCGGUGUCAGUGGCACGGCAGGUAAUAUGUUCCUCGGUAUUCUACAAGCAGCCUUAUACAAGAACCUGGAUGGCGCAGGCGGACUACAAGGAUGGCAAUGGCUGUUCAUAGUCACAGGUUGUAUAACGAUGGCAUGGGGCAUGCUUGGCCUAUUCAUUAUCCCCGAUUCUCCAAGCAUCACCCGGGCGCUGUGGUUAACAAAAACCGAACGCAAAAUUGCUGUGGACCGCAUGGCGAGCUAUGGGAUUAAGACGAACGAACUUGUCAAUCGGCAAGUUGUCCUGAAGAAGAUCCGUGCUCUUUUGAAAAGCCCAUUGAGCUGGCUCUAUAUCGCUGCCUAUCUUCAAUAUGCAUGGAGUCAGAGGUGCAACUCAUAUUUUCUGUUGUAUCUCAAGCACCUACACUGUCAACCUCAUCCCCUUGGGCGGAUACGCAAUCUCAAUCGUCACCAAUGUCGGUCUCAAUUAUCUGAGUGA